AAUUCAUUUCAACAAGAUUAACAAUUCACAUUUCUUUCUUUCAUUUAUUUAUUUAUUUAUUAAACUCGUUGCAUAUAUAUAUAUACACACAUAAGUGUAAGAUUACCUGCAGGCCAUUACAUUGUUAUAUUCAGCAUUAAAGAAAAUGGCGAUUUCUGUGCAUAUAAAAGAAGCUGUUUUGGUGAGCCCAUCAGAGUCAACUCCGGUUCAUGUUCUUCCCCUUUCCACUUUGGACUCUCAGCCUUUUCUUCGCUUCACCAUUGAGUAUCUCCUGGUGUACAAACCCACCAACGCUUUCUUGGACCGGCCCGCCACCGCCGCUCGCCUCAAGGAUGCCCUGGCCCGGGCCCUGGUCCCUUACUACCCGCUCGCCGGAAGAGUCGUGCUUCGGCCAGACUCUUCCGGCCUCGAGGUGGCGUGUCGGAACCAGGGUGCGGUUUUCGUGGAAGCGGUCUCCGAUGCUUCCUCGGCGGAGUUCGAAGGCGCGCCGAGGAGCGGCGCGCGGUGGCGGAAGCUCUUGUCGUUGGCGGUUUCCGACGUGCUUAAGGGGGCGCCGGCGUUGGUCCUCCAGCUGACGUGGCUGUCGGACAAUGCCGCCGCCCUCGGCGUCGGCUUCAACCAUUGCUUGAUUGACGGGGUCGGGAGCGGCGAGUUCCUCAACUUCCUCGCCGACUUGGCCGCCGGGAAGCAAGGACCAGGGGCGGAGCUCAAGCGGAAACACGUCUGGGAGCGGCAUGUUUUCGACCCGGUCCCGACUCGGCUCCGUGACCCGGCGAGUCACCCCGAGUUCGACCGGGUCCCCGACGUCGGAAACUUCGUCCGCCGCUUUUCCCGAGAGCGGCUCGCGCCGACGUCAGUCAUAUUCGACGGGAAAAGACUGCACGAGUUGAAGGCGAGACUCGGCGAGUUGGCCCACACGUCGUUUGAAGCUCUCUCGGCCCACGUCUGGAGGAGCUGGGCCCGGUCGCUGAAUCUUCCGCCGACUCAAGUGCUCAAGCUACUCUUCAGCGUCAAUGUGCGAGACCGAGUCGACCCGAGUCUCCCGGAUGGUUACUACGGGAACGGGUUCGUCCUCGGCUGCGCGCGGGCCACUGCGGCGGAGCUGGAGGACGAGGGGUUGGGGCACGCGGCGGCGCUGAUAAAGAAUGCGAAGGACAGAGUGAACGACGAGUACGUGAAGGAGGUGGUGGAAUCGGUGAGUUCUACUCGGGCGUGUCCGGACUCGGUCGGGGUGUUGAUACUGUCGCAAUGGUCAAGGCUUGGACUGGAGAGGGUUGACUUCGGGAUGGGGAAGCCGGUGGAGGUGGGGCCCGUCGUCUGCGACCGUUACUGCAUAUUGCUGCCGGCGAGAGGUUCGGCGGACGCCGUUAAAGUCAACGUUGCAGUGCCAGCGAGCGCCGUUGACAAAUACUUGUACCUUCUGAGGAACACCUGAGUAGCAUUAUGUAACCUUUGACCCGAUUGUCCGUUGCAGAGGAUUAAAUGUUUCAUAUACUCCGUAUUUAUUUCAAAAAAGAAAAGGGUUUCAUGUUUAUAUACUCCGUAAUUAGAUAUGGAAUGAUAAUUAAGCUAUAUGAUACGGAGUGCAUUGGGAUGUUAAUAAAUACUCCCUCUGUUU